CCUCUGAGAUGACACGCGUAGCGGUCUAGCGGAGUUGGCUGAGCGUUUAACGUAAUAGCUUACCUAAUAGAAGCGGAUUACAGUGCAGUUGGCUCCGUGUGCUAUUGUAAAAUUAUUUUACAUCCGAUUUCUAGGAAACAACGGGAGGGGCUUUUCAUUGCUAUGGCCGACCUCACCGUUUCUCUAUCCUUGCUGGCACUUUUUGUGCUUAUCUGUGAAGCUACAAGGAAAACCGCCGGGAAGCUGCUCGCCAAGACGGAUUACGAUAUUUAUGUGGUGGAAACUAUUUCGACCUUUCAGCUCUGUGCCUGUACCCAUGAGCUAAAACUCCUCGGCGAGGUGGGCAGAAUCGAGCCGCAGAUCGGACUGACUCUCACGUACCUCAUCUCUGUUGUUCACGCAUUGACAUUCCACGGAGCAAUUGGUAAUCCCUCUAGUGCCCUCGAGCACUUUUACCGCAGGAACCUCACCGGCAAGUGUGUCCUGGCACGGAUCGCCUGUCAGUUUCUCGGUGCUGUUUUGGCACGCAUGGUGGUACCAUACGUAUGGGCUUUAGGACUCUCUGAUUUGCACCUGAGACACAAACUGUUCGGAUUCAAAUGCAUAAGUCCAAUUAACGCAACGCUACCCAAAGCAGCUGCGGUGGAACUGGCGUGCGCCUUUGCCGUACAAACCGCAGUUACACAUAUCUACAAUAUGGACGAAAAAUACCGCGCACACGUCAUAGCAGCAGUGAUCACAGUCUUGGUCUAUGCAGGAGGAAGCAUUACCGGAGCUGUGUUCAAUCCGGCUCUGGCAUACUCGACCCAGUUUCCCUGCAGUGGCCACACGUUUGCCGAAUAUUCAUUUGUCUACUGGUUUGGUCCAGUUUUGGGUGUGGCCAGCUCAUUGUUGCUCUUCGACAAAAUUAUUCCAAUAUUAUCAGGGAAAAGCGCUUACCAAAAUGACCUGGACUUUCCUUUCUUUGAGACUAAGAAACUUAAGUGAACAUGGCUGUAUUUUAUGGGGUGGAUAUACAAUAACACCAGAGCUGUCAUAGGUGCAACACUAAACCUAACCCAUCUGUAACAGUGGGCUACAUUUACAAGAAGCUCAAUCAGUAAUAAUAAUAACACUUUGUUUUCUAUUUUUUAGGAGAAAAAUCUGCAUUGGAAAAAUAAUGUAAUUUACCAUGCACACUGACAUGUCUCAGAAUUUAUAACUGAACAGAUUUAGCACAUCUUAUUUUGUGUGAAAUAUAAAUUGCAUAUUCGACUUUGAAAUGCAAUGGAAAAACCAUCAAUUACCUCAGGAGGAGCCAAGGAGUAGUGUUAUAUCCAUGAAUAUGCCCCAGGUAUAGUUAUUGCUGGUAAUGAAGACGAUGGAUUAACACAGCAGUAAUAUUUAACUGAAAAUCCAAAAGUGUAUCUCAGUUUUUUGAAAAUGCAUUGCACAUGCUAUACUAUAUGAGUAAGCAGACAAUUGAAUGUUUUGUGUGUGGGCAAAAAACACUACAUGUUCUGGAUUCAGGAAUGUCCAUUGUUGACAGUGCAUUAGUCCCUGAUGGUCAUCAAAGCCUGUGCACAAUUGUUAAACUGCACAAACAUUAUGCAUACACUUAGGUGUUUUUUUUAUUGUUUUCUCUUGAUGAAAAGCAUUGUAAGAAUGAAUAUUUGGUUAUUCAUCUUUUGUAUUUAGGUGUUACGUUGACUUUUUUCCUCAAUACUUGUUUACUUAUCCUAGCAGAGAGUGUUCAACAUUCCAAAAUCGUCUUUUACACUUGACUUUGAAGUAGGUGCCUUUGGCAUGAGGGGACUCAUGAAGUCAUUGGCCUGGCCAGUUAAGCCAGUCGGUCCUAAAAUGGUAAAGGUCAGUGUUUGAAGGGAAAUGUGAAAUUUCAAUUAUUUUAAAAAUAAUGUGCUAGCUAGUGUGUGUAGACAUUCACACACAUUUCUUUAUCUCGUGAUGAGAUCUUUGUCUUCUAUAUCGGUUUCUUUUUGUUGUUGUUGAUUCUGAUAU